AUGGCGGCCGUGGGCAAGUUUGUGUUUGUCAACUAUACUGGCGAACCCGAGGCUGAAGCCAAGCAAUCUCUGCCAACCGUAAGACAGCAUGUUAUGCAUGACUUUUUCCGGCGGCAAAGGGAGGAGGCAGAUAACGGCGUUCCUCCAGAAGAAGGUGCUGCGCCAGAAGUUUCAGCUGCUAAAUCAAAGGAAUCUCGGCGGCGAAAUACCAACACUCGUCAGGCUGCGUCUCAGCCGCGCCCCAAGCGCUCUUCCGUAAAAAGACCAUCACGAGCUCGCAAGGAUCCUCAACUCCAUCGCCAAUCAUCUGCCUCAUCCACCGAGUUGGUAUUUCUUCAAGAGUUCCCUGAAAGACCCUCUCCAUCGUCCACUCGGACCUCAUCUUUUGAAGAGACUCCUAAUUCAUCCCCACCUGGUUCCACCGACUCAGUUAGCUAUAACGAUUCAUCAUCGCCUUUGUUCUCUGUUGCACAAUCUGGUUCUUCUCCGGACGUUCUUGAGGAGGCCUCACCUCAAUCUACCUCCCUUGUUCAAAUCAACGCCCAAGCGUCACCUGUCUUUUUCCAAGACGAUCAGUCUGCCCUGCUUCAAGCACCGAAUCCUUUCCUCCACAGUCCUGCUGUUCACCGUUGGGACCCAUUUAAUACACUUCCCUUGAACGGCCUUGCUGUUGAUCAAUUGGCGACUUGGCACUUCCAUCGUCCCAUCAACCGAAAUAACAUUUGGGAAAGCAAAGUUCUCUGGCUUGACAAAGUUGACAUUCACUUCAGAAGAGGCUUGUGGAGCAUCGCACUCACAAGCACACCGCUCUUUCAUAUUUUACUCUGCAUUGCGGAGAUGAAACGUAGUGUUCUUACUGGAGACCGAAAUCAAAUCAGCUACUUUGAACACAAGAUUGCUGCUAUGCGAGCAGUCUCACAAGGCGUUUCGAGACUUUCUAGCCUUCCUCAAUUCACAGGCAUGCACGGCAUGGCUCUACCUACGGAUGACACCUCGGGUUUGUCAGAAACAUCAACAGAUACCUUCGUCAUGUUAGUGGCCAUCCAAGUAAACUUGGCUCUGGGCGAUAAAGAAUAUGAUGCCGCAAAGACACAUAUGCGAUGCGUUACCGACCUUGUCAACAAAGCCGGUGGUCUCCAAUCCUUCGGCUACACACAAUGGCGUCACACGAUUUGGAACGACUUAAAGCUAGCAUCUGCGCUCCUGGAGAGACCGAUGCUUGAAUAUGGUCUGCGAAUGGAGUCUGUCAAUGCGGCAUUCCCUACUGAGGUGAUAACCCAAGCUCACCGUCUAGCAUUGGAGACGAUACGUACGAUCCCAACAUCAGAUACAUUGACAACGGAGUUGUCGUAUGACCUCUUCAACCGUCUCCAUCAGGUGUGUCUGACUUUUGACACCACACUCAGUCAAGAGGCACACUUCAUGGCUUUUGAAAACGCCCUAUACACUAUUGUGUACCAAUUGUGCAACUCCAUUGCAGAUAUCCAGUCAAACACCGAGUGCAGCGCCACAGAUAUGUUGAUUUUGGGUGCCCAACUUUGUACUUGGACAUGCAUGCCGUCGCUGGUCAACAUGCGUGCACUCUUCAACACAGUCAUCAUGGCCAUUCAAUCAAAACUAGUCUACCGCCUCUGGAAUGGUCUCAAGCCAGAUCUGAUACUACAGUGGGAGUCGACCGCAAAACUCGACUCACUUCUCUGGGUUCUGUUCCAGGCCUCAUCUGCAGCCAUCGGUGUUUGCUCGAACGGAGAAACAUGGAUGCCGGCCUACAUGUUGGACUCUUUCCUGACGACUACCAAACAAGUGACCCUGAGAUUGCAGAUUCACAGUUUGGCAGACUUCGAAAGGACAUUGAGAAGUUUCCCCUACAGCGAAAAUGUGUUUGGUGAUGAUGCCAGAAUGUUAUGGCAACAGAUGGGACUCGAUACUGGCAUGAUUGAUGGAGUGGUAUCUCCAAGCUCGGUGAUUGUCGAAGAAAUGUGA